GCAGGCAGCAGGGUAAACUAGGGGUGUAUAUGGGAGAUGCGGAAAGGCAAUGUGUUAUGUUUUAUGUGAAAUGAACUAGAAAUACAUGUCGUUUAGUUAGCAGCAUAAUAUUUAGUUAGUCAUUGGGGGCUUUCCCUAGUGUUUACGCAAUCUGUACCGUUGUUUUAAAGUUGUUUUGCUGGAGAAUAUCGCAACCGAGAGGAGUCCCGGGUUAGUGGUUGGGAUGUUGGCGGCGGAAAACCCAUCUGUGGACGUACAAUUGGCAGCGUCGACUCCCCGCAGAAGAGGCAUGGAUUGUAAGUCAAGAAACAAUGUUAACAAGAAACUUAUUCAAGCUCGUCUCCCAUUUAAGCGCCUGAACCCUGAACCUAAAGAGAACCAUCCGCCCAAACGCCCCUGUGCACACGCCUGCCCCGAACCAGGAGUCUCAGAUAGAGAGAAUGAGAAUGAGUCCUCUGCACUCCCUGUGCACAGUGGACCACCCUUGGUUAAUGGUCGUGGGCCCCUUGAUGGCUUCCUGAGCCGUAGGCACCCUGCACCUCCAAAUGAGAUUAUGGUAAUAGAUCUGACUGCGGACAAGAGUUUGUCUCCUGUAAAACACCUUGUUUCAUCUGCUCCUGGCUCUUCUGGCCCUCCAACAAAAAACAAGCAUCAGGGCAAAAACAAAACUGCCUCCUCUCGGAAGUCCAGCAAUGUUGACAACACUCCAAAAACACACGACUCAGACUGCACAGUAGUUGAUAAAGAUGAAGUAGAGGAGGUGGAUGAAAAAGAUGGGAAUCCGUCUGCAUCUAUCUCACUGCUCGAUACAACGCAGGAUUCUGAGAGUGAGCUAGAGGAACAGAAUGAGUCAGGAAACGUUUCCAGCUUAGGAAACAGGUCCAUGAUGUCAAAUUCCUCCGUCAGCUCCUCAUCAGAAAGCUCACCUGAGAAGAGUGAUGACCCUACACCCAAUACUACACCCACAGACCCAAAGACCACCCCCAAGAUUCCAGCAGAUCAGAAAAAGAUCAAAAGACGCUCACUGAAGAGUCUACAAGAACAAGAGGAGAGACUUCGGCUGCGGCAGGAGAAAGAACGGCAGAAGGAAGAGGCUAAGGCUGCAAAGGAGAGAAAGAAGGAAGAAGCUCGCAAGCUAAAGGAGGAGCGAGAAAAGGAAAAACGAGAGAAAAAAGAAAAAGAUGAGCGAGAGAAGCGAGAGAAAAAAGAGAAGGAAGAGAAGGAAAAGGCAGAGAGGUUAAAAGCAAAAGAGGAGCAACGAAAAUCAAAGCUAGAGGCAAAGCUUGAAGAAAAACGAAAAAAAGAAGAGGAGAAACGAAUGAAGGAAGAAGAGAAGCGAUUGAAAGAAGAGAAGGAUCGCCUCAAAGCUGAGAAAGCAGAAAUUACACGUUUUCUACAGAAACCCAAGAUCCAACAGGCUCCAAAGACACUUGCAGCUGCGUGUGGGAAGUUUGCUCCAUUUGAGAUCAAAGAAAGCGUGUCUCUGGCACCACUAUGCCGAGUUCAAUGUGAGGACUCUGUUCUGGAGGAACUGGACCGGUGUUUGUUGAACCCAACUGAUAACCAGAAUGGACUGAAAGACUGGAUAGCUCAGAAACCCCGUCGGUCAGGACCCACCAAAUCUAGACGGACUGGCUCACUUAGCGAGUGUAUAACAGUGGAAGGGCCUAAACCAGAUGGUGUGCCGGAUCGUAAACGUUAUGGACCUAUGAAGCUGCUGCAGUUCCAUGAAAACUACCGUCCAGCGUACUGGGGCACCUGGAGUAAAAAGAGUUCGCACAUCUUAUCUCGCUGCCCCUUCAGACAAGACAAGGAUUUGUUAGACUAUGAGGUGGACAGUGAUGAAGAAUGGGAGGAGGAGGAACCAGGAGAGUCCCUGUCACACAGUGAAGGAGAAGAUGAGGAGGAAGGAGGUGACGAUGAUGAUGAUGACGGCUUCUUUGUUCCUCAUGGCUACCUUUCUGAUGACGAGGGGGCUGUAGAAGAAGAGGAGGGUGGUGACCCGGAGAAGCUGAAACUACGUCAGAAACUGAAGGCAAGGGAGUGGGAUGAGCUGAUGUCCACCAAAAAGAAGAUGAAGGUGCUAGAGCCAGUGGUAAGGGGCUGCGUCUGGGAUGGAGAAGGACCUGCCUUGCAGCUUUUCCAGCCUUAUGCUAUGUGUCUGGUAGAGCCCUUACCCAAGGCAGACACCAGCCCCAGCCCAGAGGAGCUGUCGCAGAGGUGUCAGACAGAAGCACAGUUACUCGGCCAGCUGUUGCCUCUGCUGCACGGCAAUGUCAACAGCAGCAAAGUGAUCAUCACUGAGUUUCAGGAGUUUUGUCGUCAGCAGACCUCCACUUCCUCCUCAUCAACGUCUCCUGAACUGUCCAGUCCUCAGAGUCUAGCAGAAAACAUUCCCACCAGAAUACAGGUGAAGCGCCUCAUGAAGAACAAUGCUGUUUAUGAGAAGCGCUCCACAUACAGACGCUGCUGCUGGUAUGUGCACACAGAGGUCUUGUCUCGUUUUGGCCAGGAGGCUCUCCCUGUGCCCUGCCAGUGGACCUACCUCACCACGGGAGCUCGAGAAGAGUCCCGUGAAGAACCCCAGGCGGCCACAGGCUCUCAGGGAAACUCGCCCACCACCCCUCAGACCUCCUCCGCCACGUCAACAUCCUCCAACAAAAGGAAGAGCACAGGCAGCAUGUCAAUCACCAAGUUCAUGAAGAGAUGUACUGACCCAGAGCAGACGGAAGCAAUGGAAGCAGAUGGUUUUCAAGCUGACACUGAGGAUGACGACGAGGAAGACUGUAUCAUCACUGCACAGAGUGGCCCAACCAGGGAGAACUCAUCCAGCGAGGCAGACUGUCCGAUGGAAGUCACCCCCUCCGACACAGCUGCUCUCCCCGUGGCUAGCGCUGCUCCUACACUCGCAACUGCCUGAGGUCAGGAUAGGCUGUCUCUUGUAACCAAGCUACUCUGUUUCCCCUCAUAAAUUCCUCCCUCUUGGUUCUGAACUCGACUGUGUCCAAGACAGAACCAAGUCUUCAAGCAAGAUGAAGCACCACACUCUGGUACAAGCAACUCACAGCAGGUGGCGUCUGCUCAGUAAGAGUUUCCUCUCACCUAAAUGUUUGAAAGGAGUCAUCUUGCCUGUAAAAUGUGGCUGUGCAUAAAAUCAGAGUGUCUGAAUUGAUUAUUGAGAACAGGUUGGUCCAGUGUCCAUUAACUAUGUCUGAUUUCUGCGUAGAAGUCAGUCAGGCAUGUUUGACACGGGCCUCUUUAAUGUGGAAGGUGAAAGUGUCUCUGGCACAGCUUUAGCUACAGCAGAUUGGGUUGAACAGAGGGAGGAAGAGCAGAACAGAUAUGCCCAUUUUCACGAGAAACAACCAAGACAACGAGAAGGGCAUUAUUCACGGUUUUUGAAAUGUUGAAUUCAUGACAUGAUUGGAUUUCCUCUAGUCUAACUGUCUAUAGCUUGCCAGAAAUAAGAGUUGGGAAAUGAGAGGCUGAAAGUCCAUCUGAAUUUCCCUUUGAUUUCAGUGGGUGCAUUUAUUCUGCGAUUUCUAAUUCUGACAACUCACUGGAGUAGUUGCUAGACCUGUACUUGUACAGUUAGGUCCAGUGUCACGGUGUUUUAUAAAUAUGUAUUUUCUGUAUUUUUCAAGAAUACUUGAACAGGAUAAAUUCAUUAAACAUGAAUAAAAGUACUGCACUUUUAUAUUGCAUUCAUUCCUUGUCAUUCAUUUGGGUACCUUUGGUAGCGUGACGCUAACACCGUCACCAUGCUGACGUUCGCUAAUGUCAACGACUGUAUUGUGUUUGAGUUGGCUGAGACAUGAAUGUUUAACCUGUAGGAGAUGCUGUAGUGCCUGAGACUGCUCAUCAGUGACAGUGGGUGUAAUGAGGCUUUCUUUUAUUUUGGUUUUAACCAACAGAAGACUGUCAAUAACAGGUAUUCAACCCUUGAAGUCAAUAUAAAGGCAUCUUUGUCCACAGUUACAACUUGAAUAUAUGCACAUCUGGGCACUAUUUUGGCAGUUCCUUGUAAGUUUCCUGGAAAAAACUUAAUUUGGUACUAAUUAAAACAAAAGAACCCCUGAAAGAACUUCAAAAUUCAUUAAUGAUUGGAAACUUUAUUUUUUGCCCCCCCUCAUGUUCAAUUGUAUGUUUGCAUGUAGAACCAUUUUAGUAGAAAACAGUCCCGUUCGCUAUCAAUUGAUUCAGCGUAAUUAGUUGAAAGACAAAUGUGUGACAAAUCUGAAGUGGAUUGAUGUCUGGGAUGUGAUUAGCCACUCCAAGACAGUAAAAUUGUUGUUUUGCAACCUCUCCUGAGCAAUUUGUACUAAUGUUGGCGGUUCUUUUUCAAAUCACUGUUAAACAAGCUGCUUUACACCUGGUGAACACCUUCUAAAAGGUGCUUUGUACAACAUUUAUGAUGGAGUAUCAAAAAAAAAAAAGCCUUAAACAUAAUGUGCACUGAACCCUCAGUUGUUUCAUUUGCAGGUGUUGUUGCAGAUGCUCUUUGUUUUCAAU